AUGCACUCGCCCAGCUGCAGCCACCGGGAAUAUUCAAGGCUCACCUCUCAGCAUCCCUUCCAACCGAUCCCGUUCUCGCUCCCUCUCGGCUCUGGCGGCGGCCAUGGGCGGUGGGAAGACAGGCGGCGCCGGGAUUUGCGGAGGAGCUCGGUGGCACGCGAUAACGACCUGUUCGGCGGCGCUGGUGCUUCUCACGAUACUGGGCUUUAUGACGCGGGAUUCGUUUCACGCCAGCAAUCGGGCGAAAUGGUGGAGGAGAAAAUGCGCCACAAGCACCUUGCCUUUGUGGGGGACGGGUUGGCCCAGCAGCAACCCCUUCUUGUUCCCCAACCCUCCCAACAGCAGUUUCAGUCACUCUGUCUAAUGCGCAAUAAGAGCAUUGCCUUUGUGGGGGACUCGCUAGGCCAGCAGCAGUUCCAGUCGCUGCUCUGCCUGCUCUCCCCAAAAGGCCCGCCCAAAAACAUGUCCGACCCCGCAUCCCCCAUCCAAGACGUGGGCACGGACUAUGGGUUUUUUCAGCUGCCCGGGGCCCGCCGCCCGACCGGGUGGGCGUACAGAUUUGUGAAGUAUAACACUACAGUGAUUUUCCGCUGGACGACGUGUUUGUGCGAAAUCGAGCCGUUCAAUAAGGAGGAUUGGAAGCAGGGCCAAGCGAUGCACUUAGACCGGCCCGACACUUUCUUAAGAGACUUUCUUAAGGAGCUGGAUGUGGUGGUGAUGAACACCGGGCAUCACUGGAACCGGGGCAAGAUGAAAGACAGUGCGCUGGAGUUUUUCCUGAAUGGAAGCCCGGCGCCGCCCGUGAGAAGGCGGCCGAUGGUGAUGGCAAUGGCUCUGAAAACGGCGAUUCGGUCGGUGUCUGUGUGGAUUGAUGAACAGCUGAAUGGGAGCGGGCUCAGCGGGGGAAAGGGAGGUUUGCUGGUGAAGCCAGGAGAAGGAGAAGGGGAGGGAGAGGAGGAGGGAGAGGGAGAGGAAGGAGGGGAGGGAGUGAGGCGGCAGUUGGGCUCGGCUGUGGAGCUUCCAGCUUUUGCGGCAGGUGGGGGUGCGAAUUUGAGGACGGCGAUUUUUGCGACGCCGGACACGAAGCCGAUGGUGUUUCUGCGAUCGAUUACGCCGAGGCAUUUCAUGGAGGGAGAGUGGGACACCGGAGGGCGAUGCGACCAUCUCAAGCAUGCCUUUGGGGAUGCGGAGGUGGCCAAUAUGACAACAAGGGAUCCUGAAAAAGAGGAUGGAGUGUUGGGAACUUCAGUACACCUGCUGAACAUCACGCACCUGUCGGCCUACCGUGACGGUUCUCUGCUCUGCGCGCGUCUCUUCCUCAUCUCCGCCCUCCCCGACGGAACCGCGCAGCUGCGAUUUUCUAGGCUCCUCAGAUUUCACGGGUCUCUGCUGUGCGCGCGUCUCUUCCUCAUCUCAGCCCUCCCCGACGGAACAACGCAGCUGCGCCUCCUAGCCGGGCGUGGGCUGGAGGAGCAGCACACUGUGGAGUUACCGGGCGGAGCAGGAGGGGGCGGAGGGGGGGGUUUCCAGGGAGGUGGAUUCGAGGGAGGGGGGUUCGGGGGAGGGUGGAAGCGCGGAGGGGAGGGGGGGAUGGUUGAUGAGGUGAGCGGGCAGGUGAGACGGCUGCCUGUGCCUAAGUCAAGCUACAGUCGUGUGCCUUUGACCCGUGGAGUGAAGGAGCGGGAGAGGCGCAGGGGGGCGGGGAGGAGGCAGGCGGGUAGUGGCGCAGGAAUGGGCGCAGGUAUGGGCGCAGGUAUGGGCGUAGGUAUGGGCGCAGGUAUGGGCGUAGGUAUGGGCGCAGGAAUGGGCGCGGAUGGGAUGGAGGAGGAGGUUCUAGGGGCGGAGGGCGGAGGGGAGGGGACGGAGGGAGACGGAGGGAGCAGGGGGUUGGACGGAGGGAGCAGGGGGGGAGAGAGCAGAGGAGAAGGAAGGAAAGGAGAAAGGGGCAGAGGAGGAGGGGGGACGGGAGGUGCAGGUGCAGCAGAGGAGGUGCCUGCGUGGGCGUAUGGGCUGGAGGGGCUGUGGACGGGCGAGUAUGGGCCCCAUGGUGUGGAGAUUCUGAAUGUGCUUGUACAGGGCGGAGAGAUUGUCGCCACUAAGAUCACAGGUAAGCUGGAGGGGGUUGGGCUUGUACAGGAGGAGAUUGUAAGGGUGUUUGGGAGGAGAAAGAAUAGGAGGAGGAAAAAGAAGAGGAGGGGAAUGGGAGGUGCAGCAGAGGAGGUGCCUGCGUGGGCGUAUGGGCUGGAGGGGCUGUGGACGGGCGAGUAUGGGCCCCAUGGUGUGGAUAUCCUGAGUGUGCUUGUACAGGGGGGAGAGAUCGUCGCCACUAAGAUCACAGGCAAUCCCAACGUGCCCUGCGGGCAAGUGGCCUUUAAAGCCUGCCUCGCCACUGCGCAAGGCCCGCCUGACCCCUCCGAUCUUCCACCCACUGACGGCCUCCUGCCCCGUGGGCCGGGGGGGACUGCCUGUGCCGCUCACUCCCACUCGCAGCAUCGCGAUCCCAACGUGCCCUGCGGGCAGGUGACCUUUAAAGCCCGUCUCGCCACAGCCCAAGGCCCACCUGACCCAUCAGACCUUCCUCCCACCAACUCCCUCCUGCCCUGUGGGCCGGGGGGAGCGCCCGUGCCGCUCACUCCCACUCGCAGCAUCGUCAUCCCUCCUCCUCGCAACGGUGGCGACCCCAACGUGCCUUGUGGGCAAGUGACCUUUAAAGCCCGCCUCGCCACAGCCCAAGGCCCACCUGACCCAUCAGAUCUUCCACCCACUGACGGCCUCCUGCCCCGGGGACCAGGGGGAGCGCCCAUGCCGCUCACUCCCACUCGCAGCAUCGUCAUCCCUCCUCCUACCAAUGACGGUGAUGAGCCCUCUGGGAGGGGUGAGGGCAGCCGCAGAGGGGAGGGCAGCAGCAGGGGCGAGGGCAGCCGCAGAGGGGCAGAAAGCAGCGGUACUGAUGGGAGUGACACUGCAAUGGGUGAUCAUGACUGUGAUCAUGAUGACGUGGAUGGAGCAGCAGAGAGGGAGAGGGAGAGGGAGAUGGAGCGAGCAGAGGAGGCGGGGAGGGAGAGGGGAGAGAGGUGGCAGAGGGCAACAACUCUGGCCCGUGCUGUGAUGCACACGGAUCAUGACGCGGGGGCAGACGAGGGCACAGAGGGCCAGGGCCGGGUGGCAGACUACAACUUCCGCCGCCCGCAGUGGGUGAAUGGUUGUCUGCUAGUGGACUCUGCCGCCCGCAUCACCUUCCUUUGGCAGGACGUGCAUUUUGCCAUCCGCUUCCGCCCAGAGCUUGGACCAGAAGCAGCAGGCGCAGUGCUGCUAGGUUCAGCAGCCCUCCACCCGCCCCUCCAUUCAUCCCAGCACCUCCUCCUCUGCUCCUCGCCGCACCAGGGCCAGCAGAGCCCGGACCAGAAGCAGCAGGGGCAGUGCUGCUGGGUUCACCAACCCUCCACCCUGCCUGGCGCUGAUUGA